ACUUCAGGUAAACAAUGUGCUCUCUUGUGUUGGUGCUGCGAAUAUGGCUGUAGUGUAUAUUCAGCUCGUUGUAUAGUUUCCAUUUAGCUACAAUGUUCAUAUACGUAUGAAAUAAUUCAACUGCUUCUCUUACAUUAAUUGCAACGACAGCAGCACACUUCCUUUGUAUAGAGUAACAGAAGAAACGGCGGUAUGAGUAACAUUUACAUUCAAGAACCUCCAACAAAUGGGAAGGUUCUGCUGAAGACCUCAGCGGGAGAUAUUGAUAUUGAGUUAUGGUCCAAGGAAGCACCAAAAGCAUGCAGGAACUUUGUGCAGCUGUGUAUGGAAGGUUACUAUGACAACACAGGCUUCCACCGUGUUGUGCAGGAGUUCAUUGUCCAGGGAGGAGAUCCAACCGGAACAGGAAGUGGAGGAGAAUCCAUCUAUGGACGACCAUUCAAGGAUGAAUUUCACUCCAGAUUACGGUUUAUUCGGAGAGGUUUGGUUGCCAUGGCGAAUGCAGGUCCACACGACAACGGCAGCCAGUUCUUCUUCACUCUGGCACGGGCAGAUGAGCUCAACAACAAACACACUAUAUUUGGCAAAGUGACAGGAGACACGGUUUAUAACAUGAUCAGGCUGGCAGAGGUUGAGUGUGACAGUGACGAAAGACCACUCAACCCUCACAAGAUCAAAACAGCCGAGGUGUUGCAUUCUCCAUUUGAUGACAUUAUUCCGCGGGAAAGUAAAAAAAAAAAUAAGGACAAAGAGGAGGGAAAGAAAUCGCAGUCAAAAGCCACAAAGAACUUCAGUCUAUUGUCCUUUGGAGAAGAAGCAGAAGAAGAGGAGGAGAUGGUGACACAGGUUAGCCAGACAUUAAAGGGAAAAGGCAAAAGCAGCCAUGACUUAUUAAAGGAUGACCCCAGCCUUAGCUCUGUCCCGGCAGUAGAUAAGAGAAAGAAGAAAACCAACACGGAAGACGGAGCCAGUGAUGAUGAUGAUGGUGCCAUUGAGGACUUUGAGGGAGGUGAAGAGUAUGACUCGGAGCAAAGACAGAAAAUGAGAGCAGUCAUCGCUCAAAAGCUGAAGAAAUUGGAGGAUGCCAACAAGAGUGCCAGGGAGGGAGACCAUGAGAAGAAGACGAGUCGCAGCGAUGAACUGCGGAAGGAGUCGCGGCAGUUGAAGAAGGAUCUCCUGGCCAUAAAGCAGAGGAAAGAGGACAGCUUGAAAGAAGCGGAGAAAGAGCAGGAGAAGGAGGACGAAGGCAAGCCAUCCAACGAGGCUGUGGCUGAAUUUCUGGAAGGCCGCAAGAAGUACGAAGAGCUCAAGAAACAGAAGCGCAAGAAGGGCUCAGGUCGAGAAGAGCGGACCCUGGCCCUGCUUGAGAGCUUCAAGACCAAGCUGACCUCUGCCAUCACGGAGACCCCAGAGCAGCCGGAGGAGGAGGAGCUGGCGGAGGAUGACGACAAAGGCUGGAUGGCCCAUGUUCUGCAGUUUGAUGAGCAAACCAGAAAAGUCAAGGACGCCGCCGUACCGGACGAGGACACGUUCGAGAUCUACGACCCCCGGAACCCCGUCAACAAGCGGCGGCGCGAGGAGAGCAAGAAGCUCCUGAAGGAGAAGAAAGCCAAGAGAAUGCAGCUAACCUGAUGGCUGUCAUAAAGGCGUUUGGAGGAUGUGUAAUAAAACCCUUUUGUCUUCA